AUACCGGAAUUACGCUCUGAGAAGUAAUGAUUUAGUAACCGAUCUACUCAUUCAUUAAGGUACGUUGUCACCCUGAUAUGACAGGCGACACCCGAGUACUUUCACUGCAAAAAUGUAUAUAAGGGCUCAGCAACUACAAUAGCUGGGAAGUCUUUACUAUUAGCCAAACCUUCCUUGCACGAUGCAGUAUCCAAAUGCGUACUCCCACAACGGUCAUCAGACACAACAACCACAUGUCUCUGCCCACCAUCCUCGACAAUCUUCUUCGAGCUCGAACAGUAACACCUCCGCAUAUCCCCAACAAGCGCAGGUGUUAUCGGGCUACCCACUUGACAGUACUUUGUCCGAUGGCAUAAUAGGAAACCACCACACUGGAAAUCCAUUGCAACCCCCUCCUUUCUCCAACCAUCCGCAGCACGGGACGUCAUCUGCCAUGGACACUCGCAGGUCUUAUUAUGCUCAUCCUCCUGCUCCUCCUGCACCGGCGAACCAGCCUAAUACUUACUAUCCCUCGCAUCAUCAGCCAUCUGCGCCAAGUCCCCAAUAUGCAGUACACUCCCAUCCGCAUAUCGAUCCUCAGACUCUCCAUGCUCAUUCAGGACCACAACACUUCAUCCCGACACCAUCGCAGACGUACCAAGUAUAUUCCAACACUGUGCCAUCGAACCCACGGUCCCGUUCCACCGUCGAACCGUACUAUCAUAUGUCGCCCAAUCCCCAACACACCACCCAAGGCAGCUCACCCCCUGCUGCGCCACGUUCUACGCACACAUCCCCCUCCGCCAACCCGGCACUUAUUGGAGACCGGUUUCCCUGUGAGCUCUGUGACAGGUCGUUUACUCGCUCGCACGAUAGAAGGAGACAUUAUGAGACCGUCCAUGCUGCAACCCCCGUCCUACAUCGAUGUCGUUACUGUGGGAAGGAUUUCAGUCGCGCGGACUCACUUAAACGCCACAUCGAUAAUGGCUGCGACGAGAUGUCGCACAAAUAGAUUUGGAAAUGACUUUUUGUUUAUCUUCCAACCCCAACCUUUAACCAUCCAAGCAUUGUCCUAAUUAUUCAUUUGAACAUUACCUCCGCUACGUUAACCCACCAUGUCAUAUAAUUCUCCGCAGUCCGUCCAAUGCUUGGAGCGUGCUUGUACUUAUGUGUAUUUUUAACUACUGCACUAGACUCGGAAGGAUCCUCCAGUAGCCCUGCGUUUAACUGGUACACAGUUGCUAAAUAUGACGCGAUGCAAUCCCUGACACAAACACUCUCAAAUCG